AUGCCCCGAGGGUUUCCCGCAGCUCGGGGGCCGGGGGCCCCUCAGGCGGCGACAGCAGCAGCAGCUGCAUCGCGCGAAGCAGCAGCAGCGACCGCGUCGGCAGUGAAGGAUGGGGACUCUCUGCUUUCUCACCGUACAGAGGACUACUCUUUGCUGCAGCAGCUGCAGGAGGUGCUGCAGCGGUACACCUCCCUGCAGCAGCAGCAGCAGCAGCAGCAGCAGCAGCCGCAGCCGCAGCCUCCGCAGCCGCAGCAUCCGCAGCCAGGUCUCCUGAGGAGCCUGUCAGUGGGUCCCUUCUUUUCGUCUCCUGAAGCAGCAUCAGCAGCUUCCCCCGCGUUAGUGGCGGAGGCUGCAGAGGGAGCAGCAGCAGCAGCAGCAGCAGCAGCAGCAGCAGGAGGCGCGGGCGUGUCGCUGUCAUGCGGCGACUGCGUGUCGCAGAGCAGCAGCAGCCACAGCAGCAGCAGCAGCCACAGCAGCAGCAGCCCCGCGCCGCCUUCGAGCGCCCGG